CCAAUUCCGCCGCAGUCUUUAUCAACGGUCAUAGUAGGCAUGUGAGGUGAACAAUAGACACAUGGUCAGGGAGAGUCUGAGAUUUCUUUUCAGUGUAUUACAUUAUCAUUUUUAAAUGAUUAUUAAUAUUAAUAUUUAAUACAAUAUUUUUGAGAGAGAAAGCGAUAGAGAUAGAGAGAGAGAGAGAGAGAGAGAGAGAGGGGGAGGUAUGGCUUGUUGGAUCAAUCAGAGCAUGUUUUGCUGAUUUAAGACUCUCUUGGAGAACACAGACAUUCUUUUCUUUCAAGAACAGUCAUGGAGAUGGCGUUGCAAGCACAUCGGCCAUUGAGUUACAGAGCUGUGUUUCAAGAUAGACAGAGUUUAAAGCUCAGACCUUUUCUUGGGUCCUUUCCACAUGGGAGAAUUUCCCACCUUGUACAGUCUUCUUCAUGGUCCAAAAUACGAACAGGAAGUGGGGUUUCUUAUCAAAUCAAUGCUAGUGCAGCUGGUAAAGUAGAUUUUUCGAGGAGGAAACCCAAAAAAGUGUCAACUUCCGGAUCUUCUUCAAAGGGAUUUGUUCCAAAAUCACCUGCAGGGACAAGAACCCAGAAGAGGGACCCAAAAGAUGAUGUGGGUGAAAAGGAUUCAGAAUCCCCAACAUCCAGUGAACUUGGUGGACCCAACAAGAAAAUGCUUGAAUUAAAAGUUAAUUCUGAGAAACAUUCGGAAGUUGAAAUUCCUCUGGAGAAGAAUCUUGAUGAUGAAAAAAGAGAAGUAUCAGCUGAAAAUGGGACUCUAGGUAGUAAGGAAGAGACAGGGUUACAACAGGAAAAUGCGGCUACUGAAGGUGAUAAUGUGGCUGAUGGAAUAACUUCUAAAGGAAAAGAAAAGAAGAUCAUUAAGAAUGACAACACUGAAGCAGAUAAAAUCACCGAGGCGGAUAAAAAAUUAAAGCAAAAAGCUGAAUUAAAGCUUAAGUUGGAGAUGGAAGCAGAAUUACGUAACAAGGAGAUAGCAAGGCUUGCUGAGGAAAGCUUCUCAAUAGGAAACAAGCUAUUUUUUUACCCUCAGGUGGCGAAACCCGAUCAAGAUAUAAAUGUGUUUUUCAGUAGGAGUCUCUCUACACUGAACAAUGAGGCAGAUGUGCUGAUUAUGGGUGCUUUUAAUGAUUGGCGAUGGAAAUCUUUCACCAGGAGGUUAAACAAAAUGAAUCUCGAUGGGGAUUGGUGGUCUUGCGAGAUUCAUGUUCCUAAAGAAGCAUAUAAGAUGAAUUUUGUUUUCUUCAAUGGGCAAAGUGUGUAUGACAAUAAUGAUGAGAAAGAUUUCUGCAUACCCGUGGAAGGUGGAAUGGAUGUGUUCUCUUUUGAUGAGUUUUUGCUUGAGGAAAAACGUAGGGAACUAGAGAAACUUGCUCAAAAGGAAGAAGAGAAAGAAAGACAAGCCGAAGAGCAAAGACGAAUAGAUGCUGAGAAGGCAGCUAGUGAAUCUGAUAGACAACAGGCAAGGAAAGAGGUUGAGGGGCGAAGAGAAUCAUUACAUCAGUUGAUGAAACAGGCUGUAAAGUCUGUUGAGAAUGUUUGGUACAUUGAACCUAGUGACUUUAAAGGUCAGGACUUGGUGAGGCUGUAUUAUAAUAGAAGUUCAGGUCCACUUGCCCAUGCCGAGAAAAUCUGGAUACAUGGAGGACACAAUAAUUGGAAGGACGGAUUGUCCAUUGUUGAAAAGCUUGUUAGGUCUGAGACGAAGGGUGGUGAGUGGUGGUAUGCUAAAGUUGUUGUGCCUAAUCGAGCAUUUGUCUUGGAUUGGGUAUUUGCUGAUGGACCGCCUCAGAAGGCUAAAGUCUACGAUAACAACCACCGUAAAGAUUUUCAUGCUAUAGUCCCAAAUUCCAUAUCUGAGGAACUAUAUUGGGUUGAGGAGGAAUAUCAGAUAUAUAAGAAGCUCCAGGAAGAGAGGAGAUUAAGGGAGGAGACUAAACGUGCCAAGGCUGAAAAGACUGCACUUAUGAAAGCUAAAACAAAGGAAAAAACUUUGAAAAGGUUUUUGCUGUCUCAAAAGCAUAUAGUUUAUACUGACCCUCUUGAUGUUCAUGCUGGUAGUGUGGUGACAGUUUUUUAUAAUCCAGCCAACACAGUUUUGAAUGGAAAGCCUGAAGUUUGGUUUAGAUGUUCUUUUAACCGUUGGACCCACCACAUGGGUCCCUUGCCACCACAGAAAAUGUCACCAGCAGACAAUGGAUCUCAGGUCAAAGUUAGUGUCAAGGUUCCAUUGGAUGCAUACAUGAUGGACUUUGUCUUCUCUGAGAGGGAAGAUGGUGGAAUCUUUGACAAUAAAAAUGGCAUGGAUUACCACCUUCCUGUAUUUGGGGGAAUUGCAAAGGAGCCACCAAUGCAAAUUGUGCACAUUGCUGUAGAAAUGGCCCCCAUUGCAAAAGUUGGAGGCCUUGGUGAUGUGGUUACUAGUCUUUCCCGGGCCGUCCAAGAAUUGAACCACAACGUGGACAUCAUCCUUCCAAAGUAUGACUGUUUGAACCUCAGCAAUGUGAAGGACUUCCAGUUUAAUAAAAGCUACCACUGGGGUGGGACUGAAAUAAAAGUUUGGUUUGGGAAAGUGGAAGGGCUUUCAGUCUACUUUCUGGAACCACAAAAUGGACUCUUUUGGAAAGGCUGCAUAUAUGGCUGUAAUAAUGAUGCUCAGAGGUUUGGUUUCUUUUGCCAUGCAGCUCUUGAAUUUCUACUCCAAAGUGGAUCUCAUCCGGAUAUUAUUCAUUGCCAUGAUUGGUCUAGUGCACCCGUUGCAUGGUUAUUUAAGGAACAUUAUGUGCAUUAUGGUCUUAGUAAAGCGCGGGUUGUCUUCACGAUCCAUAACCUUGAGUUUGGGGCACAUGCUAUUGCGAAAGCUGUGGCAAAAUCAGACAAAGCUACAACUGUAUCUCCCACUUAUGCAAAGGAGAUUGCAGGAAAUCCCGCAAUUGCUCCUAACCUCUACAAGUUCCACGGGAUACUAAAUGGAAUUGACCCAGACAUAUGGGACCCAUAUAACGAUAAGUUCCUUCCUCUAUCGUACACAUCCGAAAAUGUUGUUGAAGGCAAAAGAGCUGCCAAGCAUGCCUUGCAACAAAGGCUUGGUCUUGAAACAGCUGAUCUCCCUCUAGUGGGAAUUAUUACUCGCUUAACACAUCAGAAAGGAAUUCAUCUCAUUAAACAUGCCAUUGGGCGUACCUUGGAGCGCAAUGGACAGGUUGUUCUCCUUGGUUCAGCUCCUGAUCCUCGAAUCCAGAAUGAUUUUGUAAAUUUGGCCAAUCAUUUACAUUCUUCUCAUGCUCGUCAUGCUCGUCUUUGUUUGACUUAUGAUGAACCACUAUCACACUUGAUAUAUGCUGGUGCUGAUUUCAUUUUAGUUCCCUCAAUUUUUGAGCCGUGUGGUUUAACCCAACUUACUGCUAUGAGAUAUGGUUCAAUUGCUGUUGUUCGAAAAACCGGAGGACUUUACGAUACUGUGUUCGAUGUUGACCAUGACAAAGAGAGAGCACAAGCACAGGGUCUAGAACCAAAUGGAUUUAGUUUUGAUGCAGCUGAUACUGCUGGUGUUGACUAUGCUCUCGACAGAGCAAUCUCGGCAUGGUAUGACAAGCGAGAGUGGUUCAACUCAUUAUGCAAGACGGUGAUGGAGCAAGACUGGUCUUGGAACCGGCCGACUCUUGAUUAUAUGGAGCUCUAUCAUGCAGCACGCAAAAUCACUUAAGCAAGGAAAAAAGUGAGGUCUAAGUUUUUUGUACAUGUUAGUGGAUUAAUUUUUGCAGUAAUACUAAAUUUUCUUCUUCGUAUAAGUCUUAAGUGAAAAUAAUGCAAGGUAACUCGAUUGUAGAGCUGUUCAUCUGUGUAGCUUACUAAAUAAGAGGUCAGGUUCCAAGUGUUGUCUUACCAACACAUAGAGCAAUGCUAGGAAUGUGUGGCAUACCAUCAACCCAGUGAUGAGAGCCAAAGGCAGAGUCGUGCCUAGCGUGAUCCAUUUCUUAGUCGUGUUAUGCCAUACUAACUUACUAUCUCCAUACAACACAAUCUAUUACCCCAUGGGCCAUGCUCUAACAUGUAGUGCCGUCUUGCUAAUCUAUUUAUUUUUUGUAAAUAAAGAAAAGUUAGUGAACUUUUUGUAUUUAAAAUAAAUGAUAAAUUAAUUCUCUUGUUUUUGUUACAAGUUUGUUUUCGCGAGUUUGUAAUAGGACUUAUAUUUUUUUCUUUCUGGAGUAUUGCUAUAAGAGAUUAUAUGGUGCUUAUAUACA